GAGUUGGUCAGAACAAAACACAAGAGAAAUUGACCACUUAUAUCCCAUUCGUUUCUCACGUACUUUUUCAUCGUCUUAAAUUCCAGAGUGGACGAAACAGAACCACGAUGCGUGGGCGGGUCCGUAUUUGAUCCGCGUUCUCGCAGUCUAGCAACGCUCUCGUUGCCGAUAAACCUUUCUUGUGUUAACAUUGGUUUAUUUCUAGCGUGUUAAUAUUUAACGUUUUAUGGGAUGGGUAUUGGAAAACCAAGGACUAAUGUUGAGACAACUGCGACUAACUAGCUCUUUUCACAGCACGCAGAUUAGUAUACUGGCAGGACCUCGCGUUCAUCCACCACGAUAAUCCAAAAUGAGUGGUCUAUCUCAAAGAUUUUUCACAGUUGUCGGUGAUGCCAUGGUGUGGCCUCUUGUGGACUUGGCCGGAGAUUUCGUUCAAAAGAUCUCUAUCCCCGUGGGGUCUAAAAAUAAUGAAACUGACGAACGGAUAUUUAUUGAAAAUACCGGAUUUUCAACAACAAUAUUGAACGGAAUUACAAUAUCAAUUUUACUAUUUAUUCUGUAUCUUAUAUAUCUGACAGUCCGAAAACUAAACCAAUGGCUAUUUGUGCCAUUGGACAGGGUACGAAGACUUGGAGAUAUAGGGUAUAUCAACCACGAAGCUGGAGAUUUAUCUCGAAAAGAAGUUGCCAACCUCAUGCGACAAAGGCGAAAAAUGGGCCAAGACAUACCUCCUGUUUAUCCAAAUGGAUGGUUUCGGGUCAUCGAUUCGGUUCAACUUCGACGCAAAGAGGUUAAGCAAGUACAUGCCAUGGGUCUAAACUUUGCCGUAUUUCGCGGCCAAUCUGGUAAAGUUACUGUGAUGGAUGCUUACUGCGCUCAUAUGGGGGGAAACCUAGCAGCAGGUGGACGAGUUCUCGGAGAUUGCUUAGAGUGUCCGUUCCACGGUUGGGUGUAUAAUGACGAAGGAAAAGUUGUUCGAAUACCCUACACUAGUAAAGUGCCAUCAAUUGCCAAGACGAAGGUGUGGCCAAGUCGCGAAGUGAACGGCGUGGUUUUCGUUUGGUAUCACUGUGACAACAUCGAACCUCAAUGGGAAAUUCCUACCAUUCCGGAAAUCAAGCAGGGGUCAUUUUAUUAUAGAGGACGUGUGGAACAUCACGUCAACACUCACAUUCAGGAUAUACCGGAAAAUGGAUCAGAUCUAGCACAUCUCUCUCAUCUUCAUGUUCCAAGUGUAUUUUGCGGGGUUAACCUGGCGGAACAAUUCGAUUCCUGGUUCAAUUUUGCAGAUCAUAUUUUUAAGGUUGAUUGUAAAGGUUCGGACGACGACCUUCCACACAUAUCGAAGUUUGAUAUGACUCACCAUCUUGAGUUCUUCAAAAAAUGGAAAUUUUUCCAUAUCGAUCUUCAGGUGGAACAGAUUGGGCCGGGGAUUGUACAUUUACAUAUGAAUUUACCGUUCGCCAGAUCGGUUCUCGUUCAAAGUCUCACUCCUGUGGGUCCACUACAUCAAGUAAUAAUUCACAGUUUCUACACUGAUUGGAAAUGUCCUACAUGGUUGUCAAAGAUUUUCCUCACCUUCGAAGCUAUUCAAGUUGACAGAGAUGUUAUGGUUUGGAACAACAAAACUUUCAGUGCCAAACCAUUGCUUGUUAAGGAAGAGGCACCAAUCACAAAAUACAGACGGUGGUUCUCACAGUUCUAUUCCGAGAAUAGCCCAAAAUUCAAUUUCAAAAGCAACGAUGACGUCAGUUGGUAGCAUGACGUAAGAAGUGAUGAAAUUUAAGAUUUUUUGGACAAUUUUAUGAUAGGGCAUUCUGCUGAAAUUUUUUUUCCCGUUGUUCAGUUGAUUUGUUUUGCCAUGUGACGGCAGCAAUCUGGUAGUGCCGAAGGCCUCCUCCAGUACAAAGCUGUAGUUUCCACUCAUUAGAACAGUGAGUGACAUGUCAACAAAUUAUAUUCAUUUCGUAGGGCCAGAAAAAAUCUGAAUCUAAAUUUUCUUUGUUAUGUUAUAUUGUGUAGCUUUUAUUUUUCGCUAUAAUGCAAAAAUGUAAAAUACAAAUAAAAAAUGCGAGUGAAAUUAUAUUUUGUUAUAAUUAUAUUAAUUAUCUUUAAACUAUGCUUUAUUAUUUUUUUUUCUUUUUUUAAAACAUCGGUAUUAUGGGAUAAUUCUUUGUACAAUUGUUAAUUAUAUUUUUACUCAAAAUUCUAAUUAUAUUUAUCUUUGUAAUUAUUUUUUCAAAUCUAACUUUAUGUCAAUUUCUAAACAAUAUUUUUAAUUUAUCUACAAAUGAAAAUGUAAAAAGGCAAGAACAACAUAAUGUCUAUUUAGUUUCAACCUCACCAUGUUUAUAUAAUUUACAUUUUUGUGCAUGCGUUGAAGAUAUAAAUAAUACCAUGGUCUUCCGCAAAUAACGUCGAGGUAGAAUCAUGAUAAGAAAAAAAAUUCACUUUUUAAUAUGAACUAUUUUUUAUGUUUUUUUGAAACAUUGAUAUUUUUUUAUCGUUAGCUGAUACAUUGGGAGAAAAUUGUGAUCAUAUUUGUCUACUCCACUUUAUAAUAUGAAUCAAAUUUGGUAUGUCAAGUCACGACAGCUUUUAUUUUUCAAAUUUCCAUCAAUUGUUCUGCGGGGUCGAUCUGAGUCACUUUGUCGUCAUAUGCGGACAACCAAAAUAGUAACACAAAGCUUUCUAAUUAUUGUACAUAAAUUGUUUGAAAUAAAUGUUUGCAUAAUUAAUUAGAGAAGUAGUGUAUUAAAAAUUUUUCGUUAAUGGUCACAUCGAUAAAAUUCGAAUAUGAGUUAUGGAACUGUAUGUAACCUUUAUUGUAACAAACAAACUUAAAUUUUAGAGGUUUCAAAUUCUCGUGAGUCGAUCGAGAGUCGGGUUAGUUUCUAGCCAUUCACACCU